CGGUGGGCAGCACCCAUGGAUGUGCGUGGAGCCCCCCUGGCCCGCGGGCCCUACGCCCCCUCCCCUUACGAGCGGCCCCCCUGGAACCCCCGGUUCUGCAUCAUCUCCGGCAAUCAGCUGCUGAUGCUCGAUGAGGAGGAGAUUCAUCCCCUGCUCAUCCGGGACCGGCGGAGCGAACCUUGCCGGAGCAAACUGCUGCGGCGAACCGUCAGCGUGCCGGUGGAGGGACGCCCCCACCCCGAGCACGGCUACCACGUGGGGCGCUCCCGCCAGCAGAGCGUCCCGGGGGAAGUAGCUCAGAUCAACAUGGACGCCCCCCCAGCCCCCCCCUUCCGGCCCUCGCAAGGCUUCCUGAGCCGGCGCCUGAAGAGCUCCAUCAAACGCACCAAGAGCCAACCCAAGCUCGACCGCACCAGCAGCUUCCGGCAGAUCCUGCCCCGCUUCCGGAGUGCUGACCACGACAGGGCGAGGCUGAUGCAGAGCUUCAAGGAGUCCCACUCUCACGAGUCGCUGCUGAGCCCGUCGAGCGCGGCCGAGGCGCUGGAGCUCAACCUGGACGAGGAUUCCAUCAUCAAGGCCGUGCACAGCAGCAUCCUGGGCCAGGAGUUCUGCUUCGAGGUGACGACGGCGUCGGGCACCAAGUGCUUCGCGUGUCGCUCGGCGGCCGAGAGGGACAAGUGGAUCGAGAACCUGCAGAGGGCGGUGAAGCCCAACAAGGACAACAGCCGUCGCGUGGACAACGUGCUGAAGCUGUGGGUGAUCGAGGCGCGCGACCUCCCGCCCAAGAAGCGCUACUACUGCGAGCUGUGCCUGGACGACAUGCUCUACGCCCGCACCACCAGCAAGGCGCGCACCGACAACGUCUUCUGGGGCGAGCACUUCGAGUUCAACAACCUGCCCGCCGUGCGCACCAUCCGCCUGCACCUCUACAAGGACACCGACAAGAAGCGCAAGAAGGACAAGAGCAACUACGUGGGCACCGUCAGCAUCCCCAUCGGCAGCGUCACCGGGCGCCACUUCGCCGAGCAGUGGUACCCGCUGAGCCAGCCCAGCGGCGCCAAGGCCAAGGCGGGGUGCCCGGCGUUGAGGGUGAAGAGCAGGUUCCAGACCAUGAGCAUCCUGCCCAUGGAGCUCUACAAGGAGUUUGCAGAGUAUGUGACCAAUAAUUACAGGAUGUUGUGCGCGGUGCUGGAGCCGGUGCUGAGCGUCAAGAGCAAGGAGGAGGUGGCGUGCGCGUUGGUGCACAUCCUGCAGAGCACCGGCAAGGCCAAGGAUUUCCUGUCGGACAUGGCGAUGACGGAGGUGGAUCGCUUCCUGGACCGGGAGCACCUCAUCUUCCGCGAGAACACCUUGGCCACCAAAGCCAUCGAGGAGUACCUGAAGCUCAUCGGCCAGAAGUACCUCAAGGACGCCAUUGGCGAGUUCAUCCGCGCCCUGUACGAGUCGGAGGAGAACUGCGAGGUCGACCCCAUGAAGUGCUCGGCGUCCACCCUGGCCGACCACCAGGCCAACCUGCGCAUGUGCUGCGAGCUGGCCCUCUGCAAGGUCGUCAAUUCCCACUGCGUGUUCCCCCGCGAGCUGAAGGAGGUGUUCGCCUCGUGGCGGCUCCGCUGCGCCGAGCGGGGCCGGGAGGACGUGGCCGAGCGCCUCAUCAGCGCCUCGCUCUUCCUGCGCUUCCUCUGCCCCGCCGUGACCUCCCCCAGCCUCUUCGGCCUCAUGCAGGAGUACCCCGACGAGCAGACGGCCCGCACGCUCGCCCUCAUCGCCAAGGUCAUCCAGAACCUCGCCAACUUCACCAAGUUUGGCAGCAAGGAGGAGUACCUGGCGUUCAUGAACGAGUUCCUGGAGCUGGAGUGGGCCAGCAUGCAGCAGUUCCUGUACGAGAUCUCCAACCUGGACACCCUCACCAACAGCACCAGCUUCGAGGGCUACAUCGACCUGGGCCGGGAGCUCUCCACGCUCCACGCCCUCCUCUGGGAGGUGAUGUCGCAGCUCAGCAAGGAGGCCCUGCUGAAGCUGGGCCCGCUGCCCCGCCUGCUGACCGACAUCAGCGUGACCCUGCGCAACCCCCACCUGCACCCAGGGGUGCCCAGG